AGCUAGACAAAUGAUAAUGACAGAUGUUUUUCUGCCGCCACUAAGCUAAAACUCACCCUCAUAAAUACAUUCCUCGAUUCGCGUGUGAACAAGUGCAACCACCACCAUAAGGUCCCACAUUUCCAGUCAGAUGAGCUUCACGUUUGGCAUGCACACAACGCUAAAUCUGUCCAAACUCCCACAUAUUUUAGGACAUUUUCUCUCUCUCUCUCUCUGGAUUUGAAACGCAACACUUUAUCUCCAGUUCAGAGCUCACAAAUUCAAGUAGUAAUGGAAAGUUCUAGUGCGAGAAAACGAAAGUAUGGUGAUGGAGUUGAUGGAUCAGAUAGCUCAUCAGGAGCUUCAAUUAAGCGCCAGUAUAGUAGAACUACUGGGAGAUCAGGUAGUGAAUCGAGAUGUCAUCAGUGUCAGCGGAUUAGUUCCGGCCGUGUUUUGUGUUGUAGUAAGUGUGAGAACAGAGUCUACUGUCUCCGAUGUGUGACUCAAUGGUAUCCUCAGAUGAACGAUGAAGCUUUUAUUAUGGCGUGUCCUGUUUGUCGAGACAACUGUAAUUGCACAAGCUGUCUAAGCUUAGAAAUGCCGUUACAGGACACUACAAGAGUUGAAUUACGUUUCACUAAAGAUGAUAAACUCCACCACUCGAAAUAUCUCCUGAAACUACUACUCCCUUCUGUGGUACGGUUUAAUGAGGAGCAAAUUACAGAAAGGGAGAUGGAGGCGAAGAUUCAAGGGUUAUCACUUCCAGAGGUUAAAGUGCAAGUAGCAAACUGUGAUGUUGAUGAUCGAUUGUAUUGCAACAACUGCAAAACUUCUAUUGUUGACUUCCAUAGGAGCUGUACACAUUGCUCAUAUGAUCUUUGCCUUAUUUGUUGCCGGGAAUUGCGCACUUGCUCUCUGCAGGGAGGUCAGGAGGAAGCUAUUGUGCAAUACUUGGACCCUGGAAUGGCUUAUAUGCAUGGUCAACAACCAAUAUAUCCGCUGGUCACUAGUACUGGGACUUCAUGUCUGGCUGCUAAAACAAAAAGUAAUUAUCACGCGAAGUCGAUAUCUGAAUGGAAAAUCGACGAGCAUGGCAUGAUUUUUUGUCCCCCAGAGAGUAUGGGUGGCUGUGGUCAAGGAGUAUUAGUAUUAAAGCAAGUCUUACCAGACAAUUGGGUCUCAAACAUGUUAGCAAAAGCUGAAGAGUUAUAUGAACUUUAUGGGCUGAAGGACAUGCCAAACACUGAGCAACGGUGCUCCUGCUCCCAUUCAUCUUGUGAUAACAUUGCCAGAGAGAAUUUUUUAAAAGCCGCUUCUCGAGAUAACUCAGAUGACAAUUACCUGUACUGUCCAAGUGCUGUCGACAUUAAAGCCGGAGACUUGAAUCAUUUUCAGGCUCACUGGUCAAAAGGUGAACCCGUGAUUGUGAGUGAUGUGCUUAACACUGCAUAUGGGCUAAGCUGGGAACCAGCGGUUAUGUCACGGGCAAUCCAAGAGAUGAAGUCCCAGCCUGUUAAUAUGAUUGCCCUUAAUUGUCUAGAUUGGUGCGAGUUGAAGCUAAAUAUAAAAAAGCUCUUUAAAGGCUAUAUGGAUGGUCUAGUUGACAAGUUUGACUGGCCACAAAUGCUGAAGCUUGAUGAUUGGCCCCCGUCUGGUUUGUUCGAGGAGCAUCUACCACGUCAUUAUGUAGAGUACAUUAGUACUUUGCCCUUCAAAGAAUACACACAUCCAUGCAGCGGCUACUUGAAUCUUUCUGUCAAGUUACCUAAUGACCAUUUGGUGCCAGAUAUGGGGCCCAAGAUGUAUCUUGCUUAUGGCUUUCCCCAGGAACUAGGACGUGGAGACUCUGUAACAAAGAUCCAUUGUUGCGAGUCAGAUGCGGUGUAUGUGUUGGCACAUGCUAACGAAGUAACAGUUACUCCUUUACAACUUGCCAAGAUUAAAAAUUUGAAAGAAAGACACAAUUUACAGGAUCAAAGAGAAAUAUAUAUUAAUGGCCAGAUCUCGAACGGAUUCGAAGCGCACACGGAAUGUAACAAUGUUGAAGAAUUAGAGAAGAGAGAGGGAUGUGCUCUUUGGGACAUCUUUCGCAGAGAGGAUGCUCCUAAGUUAAAGGAGUAUCUCAUAAAACAUUUCAAAGAGUUUAGGCAUAUAUAUUGUGUGCCAGUGCAGCAGGUUUUUGACCCCAUUCAUGAUAGAACAUUCUACUUAAGCACGGAGCAUAAAGAAAGGCUUAAGAAGGAAUAUGGAAUUGAACCAUGGGCUGUGGUGCAAAACUUAGGAGAUGCAGUAUUUGUUCCUGCGGGCUGUCCUUGUCAAGUUAGAUAUAUAAAAUCAUGUAUAACAGUUUCGACGGGAUUCGUGUCACCUGAAAAUGUUAAUGAGUGCAUCCGUUUAGCAGGGGAACUUCGUCUUCUCCCCCAGAACCACAGGGCCAAGGAAGACAAGUUAGAGGUGAAGAAAUUAAUCCUUUACGCAAUGAGAAAUGUGUUAGAUGAUUUGGAGGAGUUUACCAACAUUGAGAGUAAGUACUCCUCCUGUCAUUCACUCAGUCAGCCUAUCAAGACUGAGUGUGUAAAUAUCAGCUCAGAUACAAAUUACCUGGGAAGCAGCAAAAAGAUGUUUGAGAGGUCUAUACAGAAGCUCUCAGUUGAAAUAUCUAGAUAUUUUAAUCUAUCUAACAAUAGCCCGAGCAUGGAUCUUAAGCUUCCUGUACAUGAUGCUCCCUCCAGUAAAAGAGACUUCCUAAAGGAACCUAAGAUUUCUGAGGAUGUUUCUUAUGCUAUAAGCAACAGACAACAAACUCCUUGUUCAGACCAUUCUCCAGAAUUCUACAGUCAAACAUCCGUGUCCCUCGCACCCGACACAGUUAGGUUCUUUAAACAUUUGGCAGACCUAAUACAAGGAAACAAGUUCGAUGAAUUGAAGACCCUUCCUCCUCACUCUCAGCUGGAUGAUCAAAUAAUUCAGGAUUAUGAGAAGGUACUCAAAAAGUAUUUGUCUGGACGACUUACAGCCCUUGCUGAGGAAUCAAAUUACCAGGAGUUCCAUAAAGUCUUAUAUGGUUUGCUUGCUUGUCGGAGGAUCCCUUCAAGAUUACAUCAGAAAUUCUUAGCCCUCCGUUGGGAGUUGCCAAAUUUAACCAGUAGAGCUUACGAGCUUAAUAGGGAAGUAUCCCGAGGCAUGCUCUUGCCUAUUGCCAAGGCCAAGGAGAAAGAAGAGUUGGCGAGUAUGUUGCGCAAAUAUUGGCAGAUUGUAGAUAAUCUGGUGAAGUUGGAAAAAGAGAGAGAAUUCAUCUUGUAUGAGAUAGUUGAGCUUCAAGCAAAGGAAGAACCAAUAGGUGCUGAGGUCACAAAUUCUGAAGCUUCUGGAAUGAUGAAUAAGAAUGAUGCAGGAAAACUGGAGCAAGAGAAGAAAUAUAAGUCAGAUGAGAUAGUCAGGCUUCAGACUGUUAACAAAGCUAUAGACACGAAGAUCAUCAAGUUUGUCGAUGAAGCUAAAAUGUUGCAGAAAGAUGCUGCUGCUCAGCAUUAUAAAGUAACAAGCCUUGAGGCUUUGGAAGCAGUAUAUAAGGUUAAUGUUCUCAACUCCAUGGAUAAGUUGGCUAUCAUGGAGCUCAAGUGGAAGGAUAGAGUAGCAUCUCUGGACUACUGAAUUGCUUUCAGUGUAAUUACUUAUAAUGCGCUUUUUGUACAUGUUCUCUCAAAGUUGAGAAGAAUAUCCUAUUCCCGCUUACCUCUUAAAUUGUUCUUUUGUCAAAAUACAAACAAAUCAAAUGUGCUUUGCGGGUUUGGAAAUUUAGUGUAUGUUCCAUGUCUCUCGUACACUUAAAUCCAGAUUCUGACGUUUAUGGCAUAAAUAUGUAUGAACCGCAGGCGUUUACUUGGAUAGCCUUGCUUGCAUCCACGAAUACACAAAUGUUUAGGGGAGUAUGUCUCACCGUUUUGCU